GUCUGCACUGCAGCAGUACACUUGACAAGAAGACUUGAAGAAGGGGUUCUGCACAAGUUGAAUACAACAGUUGAAUUUACUGCGUCUUUAAGAAGUGCAAACAUGCAGAUCUUUGUGAAGACCCUCACUGGCAAGACCAUCACCCUUGAGNNCGAGCCCAGCGACACCAUUGAGAACGUGAAGGCCAAGAUCCAGGACAAGGAAGGCAUUCCCCCUGAUCAGCAGAGGCUGAUCUUUGCUGGCAAGCAGCUGGAGGAUGGCCGCACCCUCUCCGACUAC